AAGACAGAAACAGAAGCCACAGAAGCAUGCCUUCGUAAAAUCAUAUGAGAAUUUCCUCGCCCGGGGAUUUUUUAAGCACUCAUUUCUUCCAGUACUAGGGAGCCUAUACUUCCGGUUCGAAAAGAUGGAGGGACUUGAGUGCCCCUCUUUUGUAAAAUGUUAUGAUGACCUGGUUGCUAAGCUACAAAAAAACAUUCUGAAACGCAAGAAGAGUUACCAAUGCCCAAUCUGUCCCCCAUCCUUCUUCGUGCCUACUAAGCUCAACAAAGCACUCUUACAUCUCAAAUCACACUGGAACUUCCGCAUUCAAUGUGAAGAUGUUUCCAUCUUGCAAUGUAGGCUUCAAUGUAAUGGAAAGGACAUGGAAUCCAGAAGCCCCCACUUCCAUUGCCCACAGUGUUCCCAGAUAUUCAACAGUCGCAAAUCCUUCAAGAACCACCUAACAAGAUUGCCUUGUCUUGUUCUCUUUAGUGAGUCACGUAAAGCUGGAUGUUCUCAAUCAAAGGAGAAAACGCAGGCCUGUGAUUUUGUAGUGACAUCCCUUGAUGAGAUGCUAUUAAGAAUGAAACAGAGGAUUUGCACAUCGUGUUCCACCAAGACCAUCCCAGGAUCUGAUGUCCCACAUAUACAUUGUCAUCUCUGCCCCCGAUCACCUCCAAUAGAUGUCUCUGUCGUAGAUCAACACAUACAGGAAAUUCAUGCCUCAAGAAGUGUUAAACAUAAAGGUCUGACAUACUUGAUGUGUAAGAAAAGUUGUCAAGGCAAUAAAUCUAGGGAACACUUCCACUGUAAAUAUUGCACCAAGGUUUUUAAAGGAGGACUUGAUUUUGAACACUUAAUGAAACAUAGAGCAGGUGAACUGUCUAUAAACAGGCCUGGAGAGAUUUUUCACACAUUGACCAGCGUAAUUUCCCCAGACCUAAUGGAUUAUAUACCAGCAGACAAGCAAGCUAUCUGUGAUACUCUACAACACAAGUUCAAUGUCAGGUGUUCUCUCUUGAGUGACAGGCUGUGUGUCAAAGCGUCAUGGGAUAAAAUGUCAAAGCUCUACAAUUUUCUUUCACCAUUGGUUGCCAAGGUCUCUAAAGAUAUAGAUGUGAAUCAGGUUGAAUCCAUUUUCCAGGAAUUCUCUAAGACUGCUGAUGAUAACAAUGUCCAGGUAGAAAAAGGUGGCAAUGAAAAAUUAGGAAAAACUCUACCAGAUAUAACUUCACACAACAUUAAUGAGGCAGAUGACGCACCGAAUUCUCCCAGCGAUCUAAUAACUCCAUCAGGAACCAAUGAGCCUCUAGAGGGAUCUCUAAUGAAGGACAAGUCCAUUGAGACUGAUCAGGACUCUUUACCCCAAAGACAUGUUACGCAAAAUAUUGAAAUGUCUAGUUCUCCAUUGAAAGAUGCCAAUAAUGAAGAAUAUAUCACUCCAUUGAAAUGUGACGAUAGUAAUGAAGCAGGGUCUGCAUUAAAAGGAGACAAUAAAUUGAAACAUGUCAGUGUAUGCUUGAAAGACUGUAUGAGAACUGAGGCCCACGGAGAUAAUACACAACCAAAGAAUCUCAAAUCAUCUAGAACCAAGAGGAAAUCUGCUAGAAUCACACAAUACAACACACGUCAAUCAAAACGUGUCAAGCUUUGUGAGAAAGGAAAUGACAAGAUAAUCCCUAAUGAUGCUCAAGAAAAGACUGAUACUGAAACUUUGAAAAUAGAUCUUCAAACAAUAAGAACAAUUAUUGAAGAAGAUUUCGAUGAUAGUAAUGACUUCGAUGUGAAUGAUAUUGAUAGCAUUGCUAAUAGUGAUGAUGGUGUUAAGGUUUGUGAUGUAAAAGAUGUUGGGCUCAAUGAAGAUUUAAAUAUUGAUUAUUUUUACACUACUAACAAUGUUAUUAAAGACGAGAUUGAUAAUAUCAUUGAUGCUGUUGUUAAAGGAGCCAGGGUUGAUGGUGAUCAAAACAUUGAUGAUAGUCAAAUUAUUCAUACUGAAAACAAAGAUGUGGUGUCUAAUGAUGAAACUCUUCCAUUCCAAGAGGAAGAUGAAAAAAUAAAGAUAACGCUUCAAGUGGAGAAACCUGUAACUGAAACUGAGACCGAGGUCAGGGCUGAAAACCGGAAAGACAAAUCUGUAAAGAAAGUGAAAGAAAUAAAAAAAUUUACUUGUGAAUUGUGCAAUAAAUCUUUCACAAGAAGAAGUUAUCUCAGGUUCCACAUAGAGAAACAAAUCUGUAUUCGUCACCCCAAACUACCAGAAGACAGAAUCUGUCAAUUUUGCGGUAAAGAAUUGAAGACUCCUCAAGGAUUAAGGUAUCAUUUGAAAAAUCAAGCAUGUCAGAAAGAGAAGAAACCCCAACAGGAGUAUAUCCAGGGUGAUACUUAUCUCUGUAAUGUUUGUGGAAAGGAAUUCCCUGGAAAGUACCAUCUGAAAAUCCAUCACCGCUAUGUACACGAAGGACACACAAGGAAGAAAUCGCAAUGUCCCGAAUGUGGCAAAAUAAUCAAUCAACAAAAUCUUAAAACUCAUAUACAGGAUAUUCAUUAUCCUGGUUCUAAGUCAUAUAAAUGUGAGGAAUGUGGGUCGUGUUUUACAAGGCCAAGCUCUUUGAAUCAUCAUGUAUUAACAGUCCAUAAGCUGGGGUAUAUCCCCAAGAAGCAUCAUUGUUUGGAAUGUAAUAAGGCAUUUGCAAAGAGGUGUUUACUAAAGGAGCACAUGUUCACACAUAGAGGUGACCGACCAGUUCAUCAGUGUUCUAAAUGUGAUAAAUCAUUUGCUUACAGGGGUGACUUAUCAAAGCACAACAAGAGCCACCUAGGCCUCACCUAUGCAUGCGAGAUCUGCGAUAUAAGCUUUAAAACUAAACAUAUCCUCAGGAAACAUUGCAGAGCAAAACACUACUCUGUCCCCUCGACGUCUGAAGUCCUCUUUCCAUGUCAAUGUGGUGAAGUUUUCUUGUCUAAAUCCAAACUUUUAAAACACGAGGGGGCAUGUAAGUCUGUGCAUGAAUCAAAUGAAAUCCAAGAUGUUGAGCAGAAUGGAGUGGUGAUUACUGAGAAGUUUGUUUGUGCUUUAUGUUCAUUAAUGUUUGAUACUAUGGAUGAAGUGAAUGAACACUUACAGACACAUUUAGAUGAAGAGAAUGCUCGCUUGCUGAAUGCCCUGUAA